AUGGAUCUAGAAUGUGACGCAGGGGCAUCAGAAUCUUCAUCAGCACUGUCACCAUCAUCAUCAAAGUCAAAAGCAACAUCACGAUUAUCAUCAGCAACAUCGUCGGAGGCAGCAUCAGUAGCAGGAUCAGCAUCAUCACCAUUAUUAUCAUCGUCAUUUGAAACAUCGGCAGCAGGAUCAUCGUCGUCUCCGUCUCUACGGACACCUCUGUCAUCGACAUUAGAAAUUAUUAAGAGUCUGGCAAACGAUUCUGUUUCCAAACUAAAAGGCGAAGAAAUCAGUAGAAUCAGGCCUUUGAAGGAGGCUGUAUGGAUUUUUGAAGACUUCAUCACCAGGCUCCAAAUCCUCCAAAAACCUCUUUCGCCUUGGAGGUAUUCGCCCUUAAUUAUGGCAAACACCAAAUGA